AUGUCAUCCUCCUCCUCCGCCUCCAUUUCCUAUAUACUUCCCUCCCCACACUCCAACCUUCACAAAUUCCAAACCUUCACUUCCAACCACUACAAACCCCAAUCCCGUUUUCUCUUCUCCUUCCCCGUAUCCAAAAUCAACAGCGUUAGGAGCCUUAAAACCCGUUGCGCUUCAGAUAAUUCCUCUAGUUUCCAUGGGGUCGAGUUCAUUGUUUCCAUUUUACCAGGAGGCGAUUGGUGGUCAUUACCGAAGCACCGGGAAGACCAUGCAGAACCGGCAGAGGCUAAGCUCGCUCUCCGACGAAUGUUGGAGCUAGUUGCCGAUGAGCGGUGGGUUGCAGUCGUGGCAUUUGGGUCCCUUGUCAUUGCUGCUCUUUCAGAAAUCACCAUGCCAAGUAUACUGGCAGCAUCAAUAUUUUCGGCACAAAGCGGCGAGACUGCGGCUUUCUCUAGGAAUGCAAUGUUUUUGGUUCUUCUAUGUUUCACUUCAGGGAUAUGCAGUGGUUUGCGAAGUGGCUGCUUUGGAAUUUUGAAUGUAACCUUGGUAAAGCGUCUCCGAGAAAACUUGUAUACAGCCAUUCUUUUUCAGGACAUAUCCUAUUUUGAUAAAGAAAAAGUUGGCACCUUGACAAGCAGGCUUGCAGCAGAUUGUCAACAGCUUUCACAUGUUAUAGGAAAUGAUCUUCAGUUAAUAUUACGCAACACUUUGCAGGGAACAGGAGCAAUAAUUAAUUUACUGGUUUUAUCUUGGCCUCUAGCAUUAUCUGCACUGAUGAUUUGUGCUGUGUUAUCUGCAAUUUUCCUGGUUUAUGGCAGGUAUCAAAGAAAAGCAGCAAAGUUAACCCAAGAUUUCUCUGCUUGUGCUAAUGAUGUAGCUCAGGAAACACUUUCUUUGAUAAGAACUGUCCGAGUGUAUGGAACCAGAAAAGAAGAAUUUGAAAGGUACAAUCAGUGGCUACAGAAAUUAGCAUUUAUUAGUGGUCGAGACAGCGUGUGUAAUGGUUUAUGGAACCUGAGCUUUAACACCCUUUACCGCUCAACUCAGAUAUUUGCAGUGCUUUUAGGAGGAAUGUCUGCUCUCAACUGUUGUGUAACUAUUGAGCAACUUACUAAGUAUGUAUUAUACUGUGAGUGGUUGAUUUUUGCCACUUGGAGGGUGACAAACAGUUUAACAUCAUUAAUGCAGUCCAUCGGAGCAUCUGAACAAAUUUUCGAGAUGAUGAAUCGUUUGCCCUGUGACCAGUUCUUAGUUCAAGGGAUUAAGUUGCAGAGGCUAAUGGGCCAUAUUCAGUUUGUUAAUGUAUCAUUUCAUUAUCCUGCAAGGAGUAUGAUGCCUGUUCUACAUCACUUAAACUUCUCUGUAAAAGCAAAUGAAGUCAUUGCCAUUGUUGGUCUGAGUGGCAGUGGAAAGAGCACAUUAAUCAACCUUUUACUUCGCCUCUAUGAGCCUUGUAGUGGUCAGGUAUGUAUUGAUGGUUUCCCUCUUAAGGAGUUGGAUAUUAGGUGGCUGAGGCAGAACAUUGGAUAUGUUGCGCAGGAACCUCGUAUCUUUCGCAUGAGCAUAAAGUCGAACAUAGAGUAUGGCUGCCCUAGGAACAUAAAUCAAGAAGAUAUUAUAAAGGCGGCAAAACUGGCUUAUGCCCAUGACUUUAUUUCCUCACUUCCUAAUGGCUACGACACCCUUGUUGAUGGCAAUGCACUUAGUGGUGGACAAAAACAGCGAAUUGCCAUUGCCAGGGCCAUUAUCAGGGACCCUGUUGUUAUGAUUCUGGACGAACCAACCAGUGCCUUGGAUUCUGAAAGUGAGCAUUACAUCAAGGAGGUAUUGUAUGCGUUGAGAAAUGAAACUAAAUCAAGAACCAUCAUUAUCAUAGCUCAUAGGCUUUCUACCAUAAAAGCUGCUGACCGAAUCGUUGUUAUGGAUAAUGGUCGCAUUAUUGAGAUGGGUAACCAUGAAGAGCUUCUGGUCAAAGAUGGGCUCUAUGCCAAGUUAAAUAAAAUCCAAGAAGAUGUAUUUUAA